AUCCGGCCAGGGAUCAUGAUUGUAGCUUAAUUAUGAGCAGGCAACAUCGUGACAACUAGCUCCUUAUCCAAACAAGAUUCGUCCACCGAUGCGAUGACGUGGCAAAUCAACAAUGUGCCACGUUGCUGGGGCAAUCCAAGCCGGCAGGCACGUGUACAUCUCAAUCUGAUCAACACCGGAUCCACUUCAUUCGACUGUUCCUGUUCCGAAACCUAGUAGUAGUCUCCAAACGACUUUCCUCUUGCUUUCCGAUCUCAGUCUCGGUUGCUUUUACGGCGUUCACACCACCAUGGCCGGCCACCUUCUUCGUCUUCGCUACAAUUCCCGGCGAUCGCCGCUGCUCCGGCCCGUAACCGCGCGUCUCCAACCCCCCAUCCUGUGGUAUAGAGAAGAGAGCAAGGGAAGCGGCGGGAGACAUGGAGUGGAGGAGAGGGCGCCGUCCACGGCGGAAGCGUUCAAGAGAGUGGCGGAGGAGAAGGAGCAGUUGAAGAGGGUGGAGGAGGAGAUGGCCCGGCGGGGCGACGAGACCAGAACGGUUAAAAAGGCACCGGAAGCUGCAGAGUUUGAAGCCAUUUCGGCCGGUGACGCUGACAACAACAUUGAAUCCGGGCGGCGAGAGAAAGUAUAGCUAAGGAUAUGGAUGAACUUUGGGAAAGCAUAAUUAUAUUGGGACCAUAUAAUAAAACAUACAUGUGAAUAGUAUGUGCUUACCUUGUUGACUUGUUGCACCUUUGUUUUUUAUUUUUAUUUUUAUUUUUUGAACUUUGAAGGGCUUGUCAUUUUAUUUUUAUUUUUUUUUGGAAGAAGAGCUUGUGUAAAAUAAUAAUAAAGCAUUUGAAAAAAACAAUUUUUCAUUAAAAA